AUGGGAACGAGAGAGAAGGAUAGCGAUCUACAACGUUUGAUUCCUCUCAAACAAUUAGGUUCACCGGAAAUUAAUGGUGGCUCGAGGUCGUCGUCGCCGGCGGACUCCCCUCCGGGAGCUUCCUCCUCCUCCUCCGCACGGCAUUCCGGCAAAGAGGCAUUAGUUAAAGUUGUUCAUAGCUGGGCUUCAAAAAAGUUCAUGAGUGGAUGCGUCAUUUUAUUUCCCAUCGCCAUCACAUUUUACAUAACUUGGUGGUUUAUUCAUUUUGUGGACGGAUUCUUCUCCCCCAUCUAUGCCCUUCUGGGGAUUAAUAUUUUUGGUCUCGGAUUCGUGACUUCAAUUACUUUCAUCUUUUUGGUUGGUGUGUUCAUGUCCUCAUGGCUGGGAACCAAUCUUCUCAGUUUGGGAGAGCUUAUAAUAAAGAAGAUGCCUCUUAUGAGCUAUAUUUACACUGCCUCUAAACAAAUCAGCAUCGCUAUAUCUCCAGGUCAAGGUUCAAAUGCAUUCAAGGAAGUUGCCAUCAUAAAGCAUCCGAGUGUUGGAGAAUACGCUAUCGGAUUCAUAACAUCGACUCUCAUCCUUCGUAAGAAUGCAGGUGCGGAGGAACUUUGUUGCGUGUACGUGCCAACUAACCACCUUUAUCUCGGAGACAUAGUCCUUGUCAAUUCGAAAGAUGUUAUGAGGCCUAAUAUCUCUGUUCGAGAAGGUAUAGAGAUUGUGAUCUCCGGAGGCAUGUCGAUACCAAAGAUAUUAACAACAUUGAAUUCACAAAACCUUCUUUCACCAAGAGCUGGGAAGUAUGUUAUUCCACAAGUAUGA